CAAAUCCAUAUUUCUAUUCUUCUUCUUCUUCUUCAAAUUUGUCCCCUUCUUCCAUAUCCAUCUCUCUUACAUACCCAAAUAACCCAAUUCUUUUCUUACCAUGGAUUUGGUUCCAAAUCUUCCACUUGAUGUCGUCCGUGAAUGUUUGAUUCGGGUUUCGUAUAAUCAGCUCCCCAAGAUUGCAUCCACUUGCAAAGCCUGGAAGACUGAGAUUGAGCUUCCGGCGUUUUUUCUGCUGCGAAGGGCUGCCGGGUAUGCGCAGAAACUAGUUGUUAUAGCCCAAGCUCGGGAUGACCCAGAAAGGAGAAUCGGUGUAUCCAAGUCCUGCCAUUCGGUGUAUCGGCUAAGCGUUUUGGAUCCAUGCAGUGGUAAUUGGGACGAGUUGCCUCCGGUGCCUGGACUUCCACAUGGGUUGCCGUACUUUUGUCAGAUAAGGGCUGUAGGAUCGGAGCUUGUGGUGAUGGGUGGGUUGGAGCCGGGGACUUGGGAGGUUUCUCGUUCUGUUCAUGUUUUUAAUUUCUUGUCCGGAUGCUGGCGGCGAGGGGUUGAUAUUCCAGGAGUUCGGCGGCUGUUAUUCGGGUGUGCAUCGGAUCAUCAUCGGGUGGUGUAUGUGGCCGGUGGACAUGACAGUGACAAGAACGCACUGAGGUCAGCGAUGGCAUAUGACGUGGAAAAAGACAAUUGGACUCAACUGCCUGACAUGCGAAGAGAACGUGACGAGUGUAAGGGGAUUUUCCAACGUGGCAAGUUCCACAUCAUUGGCGGGUAUUGUACAGCAAUGCAAGGUCACUUCGAGAGAAGUGCGGAGGAAUUCGACGUGAUGACUUGGCGAUGGAACAGCGUGGAAGAGGAAUUUCUGGAAGCGGGCACCUGUCCGCGAACCUGCUCAGCAGGUGAUGAGAUGGAUGUAUACAUGUGCUGCGGAGCUGACGUGGUGACACGAAAAGGUGCCAUGUGGAAGAUGGUGGCCAAGCUGCCUUCAGAGCUGGGCAACACUGCUUGCGUGGUGACAUGGCGGGGGAAGUUGCUGGCUAUUGGCUCCUCAAAAUUGGGCGAGCCCCACAGAGCUUACGUGUUAGACCUUGAAAAAGCUGAGUGGACAGAAAUGCAGACCCCGGAGAAAUUCUCCGGCCAUGUACAAUCAGGAUGUUACAUAGAGAUUUAAAAGUUGAUCUUUGUUUGUUAGUGUUAUACUGUAUUAUACUAUGCUGUAAUUAUAGGUUUGCUUUUGCAAAUUGCCUGGUGUUGUUAGACACUUGGCAAAUUGCAAGACACUGUUUGUAUAAAGUGUAUAGCUGGUACAAGCCCAGAUCAUCAUCAUCAACAGUACUCAAUAGCUACCAGUAUUUCCUCCU